AUGAGCUCUUCGAUACUCGACACUCUUGUUUCCAUCUUCACUGUUGCUAUUGCUGGUGCUUUCCCAAAUGUCCCCUUUAUGAAGGCCGCGGUUAAUCCAACAUCACCAAAGCAAGAGAAGUUCGGUGACUAUCAGUGUAAUAGCUCAAUGCAAAUCGCUGGUAUUCUCAAAGACGCCGGCGAGAAAAUUGCUCCAAGAGAUGUUGCCAAGAAAAUUGUUGAUAACAUCCCCUCGAACGACCUGAUCAAAGAGUCGACUAUCGCCGGCCCUGGCUUUAUCAACGUCUUCAUCUGCCAAAAGUACAUGGUUAACCGUAUUGGAGAACUUAAUAAUGUCGGCGUGCAGUACGAUAAAUCGAAGUCGCAAGGACGUAAAGUUGUUGUUGACUACUCAAGUCCUAACAUCGCUAAAGAAAUGCAUGUUGGCCACUUGAGAUCGACCAUCAUCGGUGAUUCAAUCGCGAAUCUCUUCGAAGCGUACGGCUACAACGUCGAAAGAAUCAACCACGUCGGUGAUUGGGGCACUCAAUUCGGCAUGCUCAUCGCUCACCUGAUAGACCUAUUUCCAGACUACGAUAAGAACGUUCCAAGAAUCUCAGACCUACAGAAAUUCUACAAAGAAUCGAAAAAGCGAUUUGAUGACGAUGAAGAGUUCAAAAAGCGCGCUUAUGAAAAUGUUGUCAAACUUCAAAGCCAUGAGCCUGCAAUUCACAAGGCCUGGCAAGCGAUUUGCGAAGUGUCAAGGAUUGAGUUCCAGAAGGUGUAUGACCGACUUCAAAUUAAGGGACUCAAGGAAGUUGGGGAGAGCUUUUACCAGGAUAAAAUGAAUGCAGUCGUGGAUCAGUUGAAAAAGCGCAAUUUGUUGGAAUUCGAUGAUGGAAGAUACAUCAUGUGGGCUCCUGGUAUCGAGAUCCCUCUCACAGUUGUCAAGACCGGAGGCGGUUACACAUAUGACACCUCCGAUCUGGCAGCUUUGAACUACCGUGUGCACGACGUGAAGGGCGAUAUCCUGAUUUACGUCACUGAUAUGGGCCAGGAGCUGCAUUUCAGACAGGUGUUCGCCGCUGCCUCCAAGGCUGGAUUCUACGAUGCGGCGAAGACUAGAAUCGAGCAUGCUGGAUUCGGCGUUGUUCUCGGAGAAGAUAAGAAAAAGUUCAAGACUCGAUCUGGUGAGACAGUUCGUCUCGUGGACUUGUUGGACGAGGGAGUCAAGCGAGCUAAUGAGCAGCUCCUCGAACGUGGACGACAAGAAGAAUUGAACGAGCAGGAGAUGAAGGACGCUGCCGACGCUGUUGCCUACGGAUGCAUCAAAUACGCAGAUCUCAAGUCCAACAGAAAGAAUGACUAUGUUUUCAGCUUCGAUCAAAUGCUGGAUAUCAGAGGAAACACUGCAGCUUAUUUAUUGUACCAGUUGACACGAAUUCGAUCUGUAAACAGAAAAGUUGAAGGAAAAAUCACCGAAGAAGAAAUCAAAAAGGUCGCUGCCAGCGGUGCCUUUGAUUUGGCCGACCCAAGAGAGUUCAAAUUGGCGAAAACGAUCCUUAGGUUCCAUGAGAUCCUGACGCAGGCUCAGCGUGAUCUCCUCAUUCACCCGAUUUGCGAGUGGAUGUACGAACUGUCAAACGCCUUUUCGCAGUUUUACGACAAGUGCUACAUUAUUGAAAAGAAAGAUGGAAAAGAAGAGAUCAAAGUAGGCAGACUCAUUCUCGCAAGUGCCACUGCGAGCGUAAUGGAAGCCGCUUUUAAAAUUCUCGGUAUUAAAACGCUCCACAAGAUAAUGAUUGGACUUCGUUUGGCCGCUGCAAGAUGCCCUCUCCGAGCCGCUACUCGAGUUCCCACUAUGUCGGCUACUCGCACCCUUCUCGCCCGACAGACUGUUAACACCGUGGCUCAAAGAUCCUGGGGUGGUGGAACCGUCGGUGUUUCCAAGCUCAUCAUUCUUUUCGGUUCCCUCGGUGGCAUGGCUGCUUUCAUGACUCUCUGCUUUACGACCAUCGGUGACUUGAUGAUGUGGGUCAUUCCAGCUCUUGCUCUCUUCUGUGGUUACUUUAUGUUCGGAGAUUCCAAUAUUUACAGACACGAGCAGAUCGGAGAGGCGAUCUUCCAGGACAUUCACGUCCUCUUCACCCUCUCCUUCCUCAUCGUCGUCUACGUCUACUACUAA